AAAACAAAAAACGUGCCAAGCCAUAUGAUUUUUUUUUUUUUGUAUAGAAAGAAAACGGUUUCUCAUUACAACAAAAGUGACAUUUUGAAAUGAGUUAAGAGUUCCUAUAAAGAAAUAAUAAGGAAAACAAUAAUUUAAAGCUUUUAAACAAAAAAAAAAAAAAUAAUAUUUUUAAUAGGCCUUUUUGAACGUCAUUGAAUUAAUUUCCUUUUUUUAUUGCGUGAGACAAUCAAGUGUAAACAAAGUGACGUGAAAAAGUAAUCACAUUUUUAUUUUGUAGCCUUCUUUUUUUUUUGUCUAAAAAUAAUUUUUGUAAUUUUUUGUUUUUAUUUUAAUUUUUUUUCUUGAAAACUUCUCUUGAGCGCGAAGAAAAUAAAAAAAAAAAAGUUUGAUGAAAAUUCCUUCGACAUUAAAUAAAAAAGAAAGUGUAUUUUUAAGUUAUUGGCGCUUUUUCGUUGCAUUGGUCUUCGUUCUUCUUUUGCAUUGAAGAAAUACACACAUAUCAAAAAUUCAAAAGAUGUCCCUGAGUUUAAAUUAAAUACCAGUGCAAAAAAAUGAGAGACGUACGAGCGUGCAAUUAAAUUUAUAACAUCUUUCAUUAACAAUAAAUAAAUAAACAAAUUAGAUAAGAGACGCUUUAGAACUUCCGCCGACAGACGCAAAAAAUAGAGGAAGUUCAUUUAAGUUCUUUAGAAGUCGUCGCAGUUUAGAAAAAAAAAAAAAAAAUAAUAAUAAAGACAUCAAUGUAACCGACAAGACAGUGAUUGUUUGAUUUUAUUUUUUUAAUUUAACCUUAGUUUUAAUUAAAUUAAUUUUUGUGUUUAGUUUUUUUUUAUUUUUAUUGUGUUUAAAUUAUUUAAUCAAAAUUUCAAUUAAAUUGUAAAUAUUAGUUAAUUAAUAGUUAAAGUGAUAUUAAAAAAUAAUGGCACACGCUCCAGCUGCUCGUAGAAAAGAUUCCAAUUGUAAUGGAAAUACAAAAAAAUGUGAUAAAGAUGCUGACUCAAAAGCGCUGCCAGUUCCGCCUGAUGGCGGAUGGGGAUGGAUGGUUGUUUUUGGAUCUUUUAUGAUUCAUAUUAUCACUGAUGGCAUGACAUAUUCCUUUGGUAUGUUCUAUGUUGAAUUCCUGGAUUAUUUUAACGAGGGCAAAGGUUACACAGCAUGGAUUGUUUCAAUUCUAGUAGGAGUCACAUUAGCAUCAGGUCCCAUAUCAUCAUCUUUUGUCAAUCGUUACGGCUGCCGACCGGUAACAAUAGCCGGAUCAAUAUUAGCUUCCAUAUGCAUCCUCAUCAGUAUGUUCGCUCAGAACGUUCUGACGCUGAUUUUCACAAUUGGCAUUGGUACUGGCUUAGGUUUUGGUCUAAUCUAUCUACCAGCCAUUGUCAGUGUAACGAUGUAUUUUGAGAAAUAUCGAUCUCUGGCAACUGGUAUUGCUGUAUGCGGUUCUGGAUUUGGUACAUUCGUCUUUUCACCACUUACCGAAAGUCUAAUUGGAAAUUUUGGCUGGCGAGGUGCAAUGCUCAUAAUAUCAGGAUUAGUUCUAAAUUGUAUAAUUUUCGGUGCAAUGUUUCGACCAAUCGAACCACCAAAGAAGGUGAUUGAAGGGGAAAGUGCUGAAAUGGCUGAACUUGCACCGCUCAAUUCGAAGAAAUCCGAUCAGUUCCUACAAACACCUCGAAGUGAUACGAAUCUUUCACGAUCGUAUAGCGUUGGUCAUGAUUUUGGUUAUGAAUUCCAUACAACUAAUCAAAAUGGUAAAUUAUCCAUUCCGACGAUCAGUAGCAAUAAUAACAUCCGUUCGGCAACUAGCCAACCACAUAUAAAUGGUGAGGGCCAACAGCAGCCGGUUCAAGGGUCCCAAGAGAAAUUUGGCAGUGGGAUGAUGUAUCGGCAAGAUAUCCUGUAUCAGGGUUCCCUACUAAACAUCCCCGAAUACCGCUCAAGAAAUGAUCUUAAUGUGAAUCGAUAUGGCUCGUUGAAACACAGCAUACACAAAGUAGACUCAACUCAGGAAGUCGAGAAAAUAUGUGGCUGUGUAUCAUGUUCAAAGGAAACUCGCGACACAUUGUCCGAAAUGAUGAACUUUUCACUAUUCAAAGAUUGGAUUUUUAUCAUUUUCACAUUCUCGAAUUUUUGCACAAGCAUUGGUUUCAACAUGCCUUAUGUAUAUAUAGCUGCUCAAGCCGAAACUCUUGGUUUGGAUAAACAACAAUCAAGUUAUCUUUUGGCAACAAUUGGAAUUGCCAAUACAGUUGGAAGAAUUAUAUUGGGUUAUAUUUCAGACAAACCAUGGGUUAAUCGUUUAUUAAUCUACAAUCUUUGCCUUACUACUUGUGGAAUAGCCACUGCCUUAUGCAUCUUCUGCACUGAUUUCUACUCACUAGCUGUAUAUGCAUCGGUUUUCGGUUUCACAAUUGGUGCCUAUGUCGGUUUGACAUCUGUUAUUCUAGUCGAUCUUCUUGGUUUGGAUAAGCUUACCAACGCUUUUGGAUUAUUGUUACUCUUCCAAGGACUUGCUUCAUUGGUAGGACCACCAAUUGGAGGUUUCUUCUAUGAUAUCACUGGAUCAUAUGGACCAGCUUUUGUUUUAGCUGGAGUUAUGAUCUGCAUUAGUGGACUAAUACUUUUUGCCAUUCCACCACUUCAAAGACAUUAUGCUCGCAAAGCUAAAAAACAACAAGCCGUCAAUGGUACUACAGCCUUGUAGGGAAUUGUUAUUUGUUACAAUUUUCUUAAAUUAAAUUGUUUUAUUAUAUUUUUUUGUAAAAGUUUGUUAUAGGUUUUAUUUUUUUU